UUCAGCUCAAUGGAAAGCCACUUAUGUAACUGCUGUGCGAAGUGAAAGCUAUGAUACGGCUUUGGGGAGGGUUGCAGUGCUACGUGUAGUUGUUGUAGAGUGUGUAACACAGGUUGGGUUUUACGCAGCUGUGCUCACACUGGGAAUGUGAUGCAUGUACCCGACAGUGCGCACGUAUGGACGGCGUGAGAAGGACGUGGGAGCGGUAUGAUCUGUCGCUCGGAUCGGAUCUCGGACUUUGACAUGAUGAGAAAAUGUGAAGAAGAAUUGCAUGGCCCUGGUAGACAUCGCGCUGAUGAGCCUCCUUCUCAUCCUGUUCCUCAUUUUGGUCUCGGGAUUUGGGAGUAAACCCAGAAAGCAUAAAUCAAAGAGAACCUUGAGGUGUAUCUGUGUUGUUUGGGGCAUUGGCAGUAAUCUGGAGUACCAUAUAACCCUUGAGGGUUGGAAUUCUUUCUUAAUUCUAAGCUGUCUGAGUGUGUUUACGACGCGUGUGGACGCUCACAGUGAGCAGAGUCUGAAAGAACUGCAGGUGGUGCUCAAAAACAUGACUCCUUUUUUUAAUGUAUCGACAGCUUCCUUGUACACUCCUUUGCCAGAUGUAAAUAAAUGCACUCGAAAAUCGAUGUACUGCUACCUGUUGGAGUUGAGCGUUAUACUAAACGAGGAAGAAUACAACGACGAAGACGAAAACAUUAACGACAUGUCACAAAUAAUUUUCUCGAUUAAAAAUUCCUACCAAAAUGGCAACACCAACUGCAACACGUGUUUAGCAUGUGAACAACAUCAACUUGCCAACUCCACAACGUUCUCCGCAAGGAUGCAGGAAUUUCUUCAGAAACUGCUUUCAAAACUGCCUUAUACUCCCAACAAUGACUGUAAUUAGUACACUAAAUGUACACCACAGCCUUGAUGUAAGUAAUCUCUUUUUUUAUGCAUGGUGUCAAACAGACUGAAACUGUAUUAAUGCCAUUAACUAUAUAUCUAUAGUAAUAUUUAUUAUUAACACAAAAACCUACAUUAUACAAAGUUUAUACGAGUUAUGCUCAGUUCAAAUGUGCUAAUUGUUCCAUUUUUAUUGUUUUAUAAAUGGUAUUAUAUCUAUUUUUAUACAACUUAGGUGUUUUUUUUUCUUCCUUUCAUUCUGUUUGAUGUAGCACAUAAAAAUAGCUGUGAUAAAAUGUUUUAAUGCCUAAAAUAACUGCAGUGUUUAUUUCAGCCAUAAAGACUCGUUAUCUAAAGAUGUCUAGAAAAAAUAUUCCAGCUAUUUGUUGUCUUGUAUAUAAUAUUGAUAAUAUGAUGUUAAAAGCUGUGCUGGAUGCCAUGUUUUGCCUAAUAAUUAAUCGUAUUUGCUAUAAAGUGGGGCGGAUGCCCUAAAUUUUAGAGGUGGAUGAUCUUUAAUGAUCCAUAAUGAUCGGAAAGACUGUUGAAGUGGGAAGAAGUGGCCUGGAUUUCUAGCUAUUUGUCUAUUUGCACAUAUCUUUUGCUAAAUUAUUUCUCAGAAAAAAAUUGUCACCUGUACAGUUUUAUAGGAAAAGCAAUCCGAGAUCUUCGUUAUUACUUGCUCUGCACUCAAUCGUUACGCUGCUGUGAUGACAACAUCAACACCUUCUCUUACAAAAAGAGCUUCAUGCUUCCAUGUGAAAAAAACACCUUGGAAUAUUAAAGACUGAUGGUGAGCAUUGGGGUUACAGUCGCUCUUCUGGUCCGUUGUUUUGGGUUGAGUGAAGCAGGACCACAGGAGGUUUAAUCUAUGUCUCUGUCUUCACACACGGUCACCAGGUUUAGGAGACUGAAAAAAUGCAGGUGGUGGAAAUAAGAUUCCUCUGACAGGGUUACUGGGGUUAGAGUGAGGAGCUCUGCAAUUUGGAAGAAGAUCAGAUUAGAGCUGGAGUAAAAUGAACCAGUUGAUGUAGUUUGGACAUGUUAUGAAUGAUGUCCACAUGGGGAAAACCAAGGACCUGUUGGAGGGAUCAUAUCACGAAAAAGCCUUCAUGGGAACAUGCUUUGAGAGGAACUAGCAUCUGUGGCCAAGGACUUAUAGGAAAAGCUUGAUCAUGUUACUGAGUGAGUGAACAAUAGUCUGUGUGUGUCCUUAAGGUCUAGAUGUUUCUAGGAACAUUUCUGUUGUGGAUUUCUGUUCUGUCAGGGAGUUUAUCAUGAUGAUUAUUUUUAACUGUUUUCAGUUGAACACAUUUUUAAUCAUAAUCAUCUCAGUGUUCUACUGGUCUUACUGGUGUCUACAGGCAUGAGCUAGGAAGUCUAAAAAAAAAACACUCUUCCAACUAAACUGCACUAGGUUAUGUAACACGAGUGAAUAACUAUACGGUUGCAGUUCCUCAUUGCGUAUACUCUACUUCUACUGCUUAAGUACUUUAACGUCCAAUAGAACGCGAUUCAAUCCAAGGUUCUGCUCAUUUACUUUAACCCAGCUCAUGAUGUCAAACCAACCAAAAUGCGUCUAAUAAAAUAGACCAUAUGUGUACAGUACUGGGGUUUUGUAUAUGAUCAUCAAACCCAUUCAAAAAUUGGAUAUAUUUAUUAUGUUUUUUACAUCAUAUCCUUGUAUCAGUGGUGUGUGCACUAUGUUCCAUGUCCUUACAAAGCUACUUGUUGUCUUUAACUCCGUUUUGAGUGAGGCAAAUGAAUCUAAUAAAGCAGUUAUUCACAUGUGACAGCUCCGGAGUCAUCUCUGUGCCAACGUGUCACUUGCUUGAUGCUUUUUGACUUACCGUUAAUACAAUUAAAGGAUUUAUAAAGGGCGGAACUGAUUGGUCCAGCGAUGAGCUUUAGAAGGAAUUGAUAAUUGAUGAAUCAGUUCAAAUGAGUCAGUCUGAUUGGUCAGAAGGUGUUGAUUCAUUUUCUAUAGCAGGGGCUCUGACAGUAGGUAGGUUUGAUAAAUAUUAUGAUAAAUAUUAAUAUUUAUUGUAGGACAUGAUAAAUAUUGACUGGAAAUGACUGGAAACUAAAAACAUCAGUAGCUCGUA